AUGGCCACACCGGAACCAGAGCACUACGCUUUCAUCGACCUGCUCUUCGAGCGCCUCCUCUUCGAACGGGUCCUCCUGUGGAACCAAACCACAGGCUGCUGCAUCAACCCCGAAGCACUCUCAAUGCAACUCGACCUCAUCGGCCACUACUACACCGUCAUCGCUAUGACGACCUUCCAACACCUCUGCAGUGAGGCCAUCCACAACCGAGACUUUUCCAACUUUGGUAUCCUCUCCUACCUCAGCAAUCACCGAAGACAACAACAACAAUCCUUCAAGAUCUUCCCCAACAGUCUCGCUGCCAAGUUUGACCUCGGGAUCGAGUCUGACCGGCCUUCAAAGCUGCGCGACCAUAUCUUUUGUCCCUGGAUAUCCCAAAAGCAGAUCAAAUAUUUCAAGAGGGAUUAUGGGAACAAGGUGUCGAAGGAGCAUCAGAAAGAGUUGGAGUUCUUGGUCGAUAUGUUGGAUCAGAAUGGGUUGCUGAGAGUACCCAACUGUGAUAUGGAGCCAGAGUUCUUGAAUCGGAAGAGUAAGCAGAUUCCUGCGGACGAGAUCCCUGUCCGACAUGUUGACAACCUCAAGGCUACGCAUAUUUACACCAAUACAUGA